GACUCACGCUAAGCGCGGCUAGCAAGGGAUGCUACAAACAAUUUACAACACUCUACAAGUAACCACAGGAUCGGUCUGAAACACAAUGACAGUAUACUUCCUGCAUUCAAAGGAGGUCACUGCGGAUACAACAAGGAGCAACACAGCCUGAACUGCAGACAAAAAGCAUGUUUCUAAGGAUGAAGCCAGUCUCGUGGGAUAGUCAUGUUUUAUCUCCAUGACAGCUAUGUCACUCAGCCCUCUCUGCAGUGACCCCUGCACAGCAAAGGAUGCUGGAAAAUAACGAGCACUUUUAUCCCGGUCAGGAUGACAAAGAUGGGGAGGAUGAGGAGGAGGAAGAGGAGCAGGGAAGAGAAAACAGAGAAUGGGAAGAUGGACGUGACACGGAGAAUGGAGGGUUAGAGGGUCUGGAGGAGAAGGAAAUGACUGGAGGACGGCAAUCCUGGGAAGGGAAAGGUGGCGAGAUGAUGAAACCUGCAGCCAUUGUGGUCGGUAGGCAGAGAGCAGACCGACCUAUGAGGCCGGGCAACCUGGCCAACCGCGGUAUCACAUACAUGACAAAUCAAGCCAUGCUGUAUCACCAACCUGCCAAUAAGCAACAGCAUCAUGUCAUCGUGGCCAAUCCUCAGCCUCACCACGCAGGCCUGAACGCGCUGCAGAAGAGACGAGCCCACAUGGAGCGCAGCAUGACCACAAUGGCUCCCAUGGAGGAGACUUUCCUGACCAUGAUGGUGUUCCGCAUUGGGAUUCCUGACAUCAAACAAACAAGGUGUCUCCAGUUUGACCAGGACUGCUUCGUGUGGAGCGCCAAGCAGCAGAUCAUCUGCUCCCUCAGCGAGUCGUUGUGGGACGUCUACAACUACGGCCUCUUCCAGCCGGCUGGAGACGGACGGGACGCCAAGUUCCUGGAGGAGGAGCGCGCUCUGCGGGACUACGCACAGACCUUUGAGAAGGGGGUGCCCUACCUGGAGUUCAGGUACAAAACCAGAGUUUAUAAACAGACGAAUCUGGAUGAGAAGGCGCUCGCCAAACUCAGCACAAAGGCCAGUCUGAAGAAGUUCCUGGAUUACAUUCAGACUGGAGCAAUAGAGAAAAUGGCAAAAGUCCUCGAAAAAGGUCUCGAUCCAAACUUCCAUGACCCUGACAGUGGAGAGACCCCGCUCUCUGUGGCGAUGCAGUUUGGUCUGCCGGUGGAGGGCAUCAGAUUGCUGAUUCUGGGCGGCGCUCAUUUGGACUUCAGGUGCAGAGACGGCUUCACGCCGAUGCACAAAGCAGUGAGGGCUCACAAUCACGCUGGGCUGAUGGCUCUGUUGUCCCUCGGAGCGUCUCCAAACUACAAGGACCGCUGCGGCCUGACCCCGCUGUACCACACCGUGCUGACAGGGGGCGACACCUCCUGCUGCGAGACCCUGCUGUAUUACAGAUCAAAGCUGGGGUCCAGGGAUGAGAAUGGCUGGGAUGAGUCCCAUCAGCACAGGGAUGAAGAGGAGUUUGGAAUGGAAGAAAUACAUAAGGCCUGCCAGAAUGGCUUUGCCCAGCACUUGGAGCAUCUGCUGUUUUAUGGUGCUGACACCUCUUCUCAAAAUGCCUCAGGGAACAGUGCACUUCACAUUUCUGCCCUGUACAACAAGGAGAGCUGUAUCCGGGUUCUGCUGUACAGGGGAGCAAACAGGGAGGCAAAGAACAAACACGGUCAGACCCCUUUUCAGCUAGCUAUAAUGUCAGGUCACUUUGAGGUCGCUGAAAUCAUCAAAAACCACAAGGAUUCUGACAUUGUUCCCUUUUUGGAAUCGCCAAAGUAUGUCCCUAAGCGAAAAGAUAGCGCCGCCACUCUGCCUCUCCCCUCACUUCACUCCCACCCCCUGCUGCGCGCUAACAGUGAUAACUCCAUGACCCAGUCCGACCCUCUGGCCCUGCCCAACAAGGCUGCGACCAAUCCCAACCCGGGACAGGUCCAACGCAGAGCCUCCAUCGGCAUGAGGAGCUCCAGCAGCCCAAGGUCUCGCACUCGCUCCCCAUCCAGAGGGAGGGGGGGGCAAAGCGACACAGAGGAAAGGCAACGGCAGCCCAGAGGCAGACAGGGUGCCACCUCAGCGGGCAGCGGUGGAGGUCAGAUGAAGCGCAUGUACAGCGCCGUUCCAGGGCGGGUUUACGUGGCCACCCGUGCCCACUCCUCUGGUGGAGAUAGAGAACUGUCGCUUAACAAAGGCGACAGAGUAAAAGUGUUAAGUGUGGGAGAGGGGGGGUACUGGGAGGGAACCGUGAGAGGUCGCACCGGCUGGUUUCCUUCAGACUGCGUGGAAGAAGUGGCACCUCCCAGCAAAGACAAUCGAACAGAGACGCGCAGUGAGAAAGCCAAGAGGAAGCUUUUCCGUAACGUCACCGUCGGAGCCUACGACGGCAAUGACGGCCCCAGUGACUACAUCAUUAAGGAGAAGACAGUGCUCCUACAGAAGAAAGACAAUGAGGGUUUUGGCUUUGUGCUUAGGGGAGCCAAAGCUCAGACUCCCAUAGAGGAGUUCACUCCAACGCCAGCCUUCCCCGCCCUGCAGUACCUGGAGUCUGUAGAUGAGGGGGGCGUGGCCUGGAGGGCGGGCCUUAGAAUGGGGGAUUUCCUCAUCGAGGUGAACGGCCAGAAUGUGGUGAAGGUCGGUCACCGGCAGGUCGUCAACAUGAUCCGGCAGGGCGGCAACAGCCUCAUGGUGAAAGUGGUGAUGGUCGCUCGAAACCCCGAGCUGGACGACACGGCUCGGAAGAGAGCCCCGCAGCAGACCAAGAGACUGACUCCUCCUGCCAUCGCCCUGCGCUCCAAGUCAAUGACGUCAGAGCUGGAAGACAUGGCUGCCUCUCCGUGGAAAAAGAAAGCAGAUUACGACUCUACUCUGGGUCCUGAUAAGAAGAGGACAGUCUAUCAGAUGGCACUAAACAAACUGGACGAAAUAUUGGCUGCUGCCCAACACACUAUUACAUCAGACAACCAGGGCCAGAGGGGUCAUGGAGGCAAGAGGGAUAGGAGCAAGAGCAUUGUUCCGAACAGCUCCAAUGAGCAGCCAUCAGGCAGCAUGGGGCAGUCCGGACAAGGUUUUGGCUACAACCAAGCCCACUUUCAACCCGGCCACGCUCAGCACGCCGUCAUGAUGCGUCAGAAAUCUAUUGGUGUAACAGAGGAGGAGAGGCAGUACCUUCACCCCCCAGCCAUGAAGCUGGCUCGUAGCCUGUCGGUGCCCGGACCGGAAGAAAUCCCUCCGCCCCCCAACACAUCCGCCCCGGAGCCGCCUUUAUCAGCAGGUCCUCACCCCGGGAGAGGCCCUGCUAUGCCCAUCCCUCCUGUAUCUCAAGCCCAUUACCAGAGUCAAUCCCAGCCAGGACAUGCUACUCAGGCAGGCUGGGAGAGGGGGGGGGCAGGUGGGAUGAGCCAGCAGGUCAUGGUCCCCACCCUCCGCAGACAGGCUGAAGCACCGGAGGCCUCCAGGAGAGGUGGGGGCAAGAUGGGCGGGUUACGGAGAGGCUACAGCAGCGCCACACCGCCGACAAGUGCUAAACCUAAGACCCAGCCGCCGCCGCAGCACCAUCCGCACAUGGCCAACAGCCAGGGCGGAGCAGGCGGCAGGGGGGGUGGGGCCAGACGGGGUCGCGGGGCCCUGAUGAAGCAGUCGAAGGUGGAAGACGGGCUGAGGCAGCAUCGAGGGAAAGGAGUAGCAGCCAAAGAGAAGAGCUCCAUCCCCAUCCCCACCAUCAUCGUCAAAGCGCCCUCAACCAGCAGCAGCGGGCGGAGCAGCCAGGGCAGCAGUAUGGAGACCGAGCCCCAACCAGAGGCGGAGGACAACACCUCAGCGGAGACGAACUCUGACAGCACCAGCCUGCCCUCACCGCUCACCCCCAUACCACCUCAGCCCCCUACGUCCACUCCCUCGCUUUCAUCGACCGCCGCCCCGCCCGUCUCCUCGCAGCAGAACCUGGAGAACUUGGAUUACACGUCCACGUAUGGGACGGCCUUCGGAGGGGGUGGGGCGCGCAGGGAGAGGGAACGUUUCCGAGACAUGAGAAGGAAGAGCGCUUCUUUCUUCCUCUCGUCUGAGGAGGACGUCCAGGGAGUGGCAGGGGGAGGAGCGGUGGAGGGAACCAGAAUUCAGCCUUUACAAGGCUCACAAAUGGACGUGCCCACCCCUCGCUUACGGCCCUCCAAGUCCAUAGAUGAGGGCAUGUUUUCCGGAGACAACUAUGUCCACUAUUCCAGCAGCAUGCCCCCAGCUUUUGGCCUGCCGGAGUAUUCGUCCCCCGUCCCUAAUCAGGACGGACAGCCCAAGUCGGCGCCUUCGAUGUACGGCAGCCAGGCCACCACCACUUUCAUCCACCCGCUUACAGGGAAAGUCCUGGACCCCUCCUCCCCGCUCGGCCUGGCCCUCGCUGCGAGAGAAAGGGCCCUAAAAGACGACCGCAGGACGCGCCGGGAGGACAGACACUUUGGCCGGCAGAUGUCCACAGUAGGAGCGUUCCCCACCCCCGUCCAGACCCCGACCCCUUCCCUUUUUGCGACCCCUACACAAUCAGCCUACACCUCCCCAGUGUCCGUCCACCUGACCUCCCCCACCACCACCACCUCGCCCGCACCUAUAAGCCGGCCGCAGUCGCCCAGGAUAUUACGCUUGGGAGGGGGGGGAGGUGGGGAGAGGAUGGAGCGGGAGAAGGAGGGAGGAUCAAGGGAGGGUCUCAGAGUCCGCUUCUCGGAGGACAGAACCAGUCAGUAUUCCACGCAGUAUUACUCACAGAGCCCCCGGGACAGAGAAAAGGACGUGUAUGACAGCCGAUCUGCUCCGCCCAUGCAGCCUCCUCCCCCUCCUGUUCAGCCCGCCCCCCGCAGACCUUCCUUUCUGCAGAUGGAUGCCAACAGCAGCUACAUCCCUCAGUACACUGUCCCCACAGCCUCAGCACAGACACAUGAUGGAGAAGCAAGAGCAGGAGCAAGCGGAGGUCUGGGACUGAUGGUGCUCCCUCCGCCCGCUCCCUCUAUUGACGCAGACGACGAGUUUGUCUUCGCCGACCCUCUGCCUCCCCCCAUACAGUUUGCCAACGGGAAGAAGGAGAGAGGCCAGGAGUAUCCUCAGCAGCAUCGGAGUCAACACUCUGCUGCCGCUCCGCCUCCUCCACCCCCUCUCCCGUCUAUCAGGCAAUCAAGCGCUCCUCAGGCCGGUGACUCCGCUGCCUCCAGCCUCACAUCCUACGACAGCGAGGUGGCCAACCUCACACAGUCGGCCCCCUCUCCAUCUUAUCCCUCCACGCAGAUAUUUUCCCCUCCAUCCACCACCUCCACCACCUCUGCUGCCGCCGCUCUGCCUGCCGGAGCGCUGCACAGACCCCAGCCCAUGUCUCACUCUCACCCCUACUACGACCCCUCUGUGGGAGGCCAGGACAGAGGCGCGUCCGUCCUCACGUCCACCAUGACUUACGCUACGACCACCAUGACAGCCACCGCCGCCGCUGCCACCACGACCUCGCCGGCAGGGGGGAAAACCUCCGACCACACCCAUCAUCACCCCGCCGGAGACUGGCAGGACGGCGUGGUGGAUUCUGGGAUCGAGGAGCUGGACAGUCACAGCAGUAGCGACCAUCACUUGGAAAUGCUGGGAUUGAGCGGGCUGAGGGGAGGGAUCGGAGGGGAGGGAGAGAGGGGAGGGGGGGAGCAUCAGGAUCCUUGCACAACCUACUCAGGUGGGCAAACUUUUGAGGUGCACAGUGCCAAACUGGCAAACCCUGUGUUUCCAAAGAUGGGUCACUACAAGGACACAGGAGGGAGGGGCCCGGCUGUAGCGCUACGGAGGCAGAACAGCACCAACCCGGCCCCCCUGCAGCUGCACAGACAGAGCGACCAUGAAGAAAUCCGCUUAGAGGAAGCGCUCUCCGACGAAAGGCAACACAAGGUGAGUCGAACCAAGAUGGAGGACGGCUUCAACUCCGCGCUGGCCGCCUGCUUAGAGAGGCCGGUGGACGCCCGGUCUCUGGGCUGGGUGGAGGUCGGGGAGCAAGGUGGAGACGUCGUGCACAGAGGAGGUAUCGCUUUGGAGGGCCGCAGACUUCACUCGCCUCUUUCGGGGGUGAAGGCGAGCAUCAUGAACGAGCUGAGCUCCAAGCUGCAUCAGAUGGGCGGCAUGAAGAGCAUGGACGACUGGAGCCACUCCCCCCGGUCUCCCACCAUGAACAGGUACUCGGCGGAUUACUCCGAUGCGUUCCACAGCCCUCCCUCCGGCCGCUCCAUCUCUCCGCUGCCCACCUCCUCUCCGCAGCAUCAGCGCCAGAUCCUGACCCCGAACCUCUCCACCACGCCGUCCGUCUCCCCUUCCCCUCAAGUUCAACGCAACUGGACCCGCUCCCCGUCUCCGCAGAUUCCCACCUCCCCGGUUCACUCGCACUCCCCCCACUCCCCGACCUUCUGCCCGUACCCGACGUCACCGAAGCACCGCUCCAAGAUGCGUCGGCAGACUUUUGAUUUCCAGUGCAGCCCCACCAAGGAGAUGCGGUCCUCAGUGUCACGGCGGCGGGCCCCCAGCCCUCUCAUCUAUAACACUGAACAGCCGAUGCCCGCCCCUCCCCGCCCCUCCUCCCUCCCCAUCCUCCCGACUACACCUGUAUACAGCAACCCCUUCGAUUUUCCCGGGCCCCUCACCCCUCCUUCGCCUGGCCUCCCUCUAGGAGAUCCCUACGCGACUUCUUCUUCUCCACUUUACUCCCCAUCCGGUGUGCCGAGCUCAAACCCCCUACUCACCUCCCGCUCGCUCUCCCCCACUCAUUUUCUCUCUGGAGCCUCCUCCCCAUUGCACCUGCCCCCAAGCCCAUCCUGCCUCAACUAUCCCCAUCUCACUCCUCCUCCCCCAGCCAAACCCUUCGCCGUCAAGCCCCUGCCCUACUGGACCAAGUACGACGUGGCCGACUGGCUGGCUUACCUGAACCUGGCCGAGCACAGGGAGCAUUUUAUAGACAAUGAGAUAGACGGAUCGCACCUGCCUUCGCUCACCAAGGACGACUUCUUGGACCUGGGUGUGACGCGCGUGGGACACCGAAUGAACAUCGAGAGGGCGCUGAAGAAACUCACUGACAGGCGGCUCUCCUCUCCUUUGCAUGUCCCUUCUUCUCCCCGAGACACAGACUGGGAGUGAAGGGGUGAAUCAGAGAGGAAAUAAAAGGGAGACACACAAAUUGACAAAGGCGGACAAUAACAGAGGAUGUGCGAGAGAGGAACGGCGGACAUCAACAGGGUGUGUUGGACUAUGUCUAAGGGCUGGAUGUUUGUGGGGGGGGAGUUUUCUUGCAAAGUGUCUACACAUUUAGAGAAAUACUGUUGGAGAAAAUGACUUUUGGUCAAGAACGGGUAUGUGAAAGUGAGGAAUGUCGUAUGAAAACUCCUCAACUGAAAAUAUAUUUUUAAAGGAAAGGCAUUUAAUUAACACACCGUUAUGUGCUGUAAGAGACACACACACUGACAGACUCUCGCUCCAUCUGCUGCUCGGCAAAACUUCUGUCUGUGUUCAAAGGAAGAAGUUGAAAAGUUGAUGCUUGAAGGGUAAACCCCCGAUUAAAUGUUACUUAUUGUGGCUGAGCCAGAAACCCUGGGAAAAGCAGCCACCUCCUAACAUCUGUGUUGUAGCUUUAAGCAGAUCAGAGAAUCAAGUGGCUGUGAGUACAGGAGCCAGAACAUUAGAUUUAUGUUUGUGAAUGAUGAUAGAAGAACAUGGUAGUAUUCUUUUUAAUAUAUAUUUGCCAUACUCCCCCAAAGGAUGCCCCAGUAUGCUUCGUAUGUAUGUACUUUGCGAGCACUUAAUAUAUCUUACAUGUUCAACGGGAUUAGUAGAAACAUAUGUUUUGUACGAAGUGCCGAUCACAAUCAUUCAUUUCAAACUGGUCAGGGUAUUUAUAACUGUUGAUUUGAAGUUGUGCAUUAUGGUAUUGAGAAGACAUUGUUGUGAAGUAACCUUUCAGAGGAGGGGAAACUUUUCUCAACCUUUACUCGUGUUUAUGGCCAUAGCACAGGUCAAAGGGCGGACAGCGUCCUCCAUAAUGUUGACCGCGCUCUCUCACUCAGCAGGUGCAGUGAUCAAAAAGGGCUUUUUACUGCUUCUCUGUCUGCCUCACCCCCCCCCCCCCCCCCCCAAACUCUCACCCUCUGUGCGUCUGAUUUUGUGCGAGUGUUUGUCAGCUUGGUGGCCAAAUGCUUUCCCUUGACCCACGCCUCUCUCUUUCUAAAUGCCUUUUUCCAAAACAUAUUUAUAACGGUCAGAAAACUGUUCCUUUUCUCACUAGUUGACAAUCCCAAACGUUGCCCCCAAUCCACACAUCAUGACCCCUCGAUUAGAAGCACUGAGUGAUAACUGUAUCUGUUGCAUAGAGGUGAACGCCCUGGGUUUUUAAAAACAUGCCAUUGUUUAGCCAUUUUCCCCUGCAGUGAAUUUAACUGUAAAAAAAAACCACAUUAUUUAUAGAUCUAUAUGUAAUGAUGAUGACAAUGAUAACAUAAAAAUAUAGUAUAAUAAAGAUAAUAUUUAGUAUGUAAACAUUUUUAAGAAUCUCCGUCUUCCAAAUAGUGUGGACAAAUUCUUUGUUUUUGUUUUUAUUUUUGGGAUUUCUGUCGAUGCUUUCUAUACUGCUCGCCCCGUGGUGACCCCAGUGAAGCCGUUAGUCAACACGUUCUCUCUCUCUGAGUUUUAAAUGAUGACUCCUCAUGCUGAGUUGCCUCAACGCGAUCUCAUGAAGGACUUGUGUGAACAGUCCGAGCAGUAGUGUAGAAAGCAUUACAUCCUAUGAUUUAAAAGAGUAUUUUAGGUCUAGUGAAAUGCAUAAUGACUACAUACAGUAUGAGCAUAAGUAUGCAGAGAUAAAAAGGUAUAUAUAUAUAUAUAUAAAUAUCAAAAUAUAUAUAAAGUUUUGCUUUAAAUUGAAUAAAGUAUAUACUGAUAAACAAUAUGA